GGUUGUUUGAGGCAAUUACAAUAAUAUUAUUAUUACAGGGGCUUAUCCAAAAUCAGACCUUUCCAAUUUUCUCUCCCAUUUCUUCUGCUCACUACAUUUGCGUUGCCAUUUCAUUUUUUGUACUAAAACCUCCCAUAUCCUCGCUCUGCAGCUGCAUCAGCCGGCUGAUUUUCUUUUUUUGUUUGUAGAUUGUGAGUAGUUCAAACCGCUUCACGGAUACCCUUGUGAAAUCGGAGCACCAUUUCUCUGAUUUUGGUUGGAUUUUUUUUCGUUGAUUUUGUCCGGGAAUCGGCGUGAAUAGAUUGUUGAUCAGUCAAUCUGUAAGGGGGGAGAUGACGAUCCAGUCAUUUGCGGAGAGUUCCGGUUAUUUGGGAGGGAGUAAUAGGAGGAUCACGUAUUUUAGCAACUCUUAUGUGCUGGGAUUGACUGUUGUUGCUGGUAUUGGUGGUCUUCUCUUCGGAUAUGACACCGGAGUAAUAUCAGGAGCCCUUCUGUAUAUACGAGAUGAAUUUGAGGAGGUAAACCGGAGUAGCUUUCUACAGGAAACAAUUGUCAGCAUGGCUUUGGUUGGUGCCAUGAUUGGAGCUGCAGUAGGGGGUUGGAUUAAUGAUGCUUUCGGGCGGAAAAAAGCUACUCUCUCUGCAGAUGUUGUGUUUGCACUUGGAUCCGUUGUCAUGGCAGCAGCUCCAAAUCCUUACGUUCUUAUUCUAGGGCGGCUCUUGGUUGGCCUGGGUGUGGGUGUAGCAUCUGUCACUGCUCCAGUGUAUAUCGCUGAGGCUUCUCCAUCAGAAAUUAGGGGUGGUCUAGUGAGCACAAACGUUCUGAUGAUUACUGGUGGACAAUUUCUUUCUUACCUUGUGAAUCUUGCUUUUACUGAGGUUCCAGGUACAUGGCGCUGGAUGCUUGGGGUAUCCGGGUUGCCUGCUAUUAUUCAAUUUUUUCUUAUGCUAUUUUUGCCAGAGUCUCCACGCUGGCUUUAUCUGAAGAAGGAUAAGUCUGAAGCCAUUGUGGUCCUUUCAAAAAUUUAUGAUCCAUAUCGGUUGGAAGAGGAGAUUGAUCAGCUCGCUACUGCACUUGUCGAGGAGCGGCAAAGAGAGACUCGUGUCAGUUACUCUGAUGUCUUCAGAGUGAAAGAGCUAAGGCUUGCUUUUCUAGCUGGAGCUGGGCUGCAGGCAUUCCAACAGUUCACUGGCAUCAACACUGUCAUGUAUUACAGCCCAACCAUCGUUCAGAUGGCUGGCUUUAACUCCAACCAAUUAGCACUUCUGCUGUCCCUCAUUGUUGCAUUCAUGAACGCCCUGGGCACAAUUCUUGGAAUUUACCUCAUCGAUCAUGUUGGUCGUAGGAAAUUAGCACUCAGUAGCUUAUCUGGAGUAACCAUAUCUCUUAUUAUCCUUGCUGUGGCAUUUAUCUUGGAGCCAUAUGGUUCCAUGAACGCGCUCUAUGGUUGGAUUGCAGUUGUUGGUUUGGCUCUUUAUAUUGCUUUCUUUGCACCCGGCAUGGGCCCUGUGCCGUGGACUGUCAACUCAGAAAUAUACCCGGAAGCCUAUCGAGGACUUUGCGGAGGCAUGUCAGCUACUGUGAAUUGGAUAUCAAAUCUCAUAGUAGCACAAAGUUUUCUGUCGGUGGCAGAGGCCGUCGGCACUGGCCCGACUUUCUUGAUACUCGCUGCGGUGGCUGUUGCUGCGUUUGCAUUUGUGGCAAUUUUGGUGCCGGAGACAAAGGGUUUGACAUUUGAGGAAGUCGAGAACAUCUGGAAGGAGAGGGCUUGGGGAAGAGAUGUGUCAGAGACUGGAAGAGAGCCAUUGUUGCGGACCGGGAAUGGCCAUUGAGACUGUCCUAGUUCCUUUAGUUAUGCAAGCAGUUGAGAUGUUUAUGAGAUGCAUGUGCAGGAGUAUAUAUAAAUAUAAGAACUUCGUUCUCAUAGUAAAAAGUUGUAUCAACUUUGUGAUACUGGUAAAUAAGAAUAAUUUUAAAGUAUGAUUUGCCUCGAGUAUUUUAAGCAUAA